UCUUAAUUAAUAAUUUCCAAACUGAAAUGUUGAUCUGUUGUUUAUGAAAUCCUAAGACCGACGGUUACGUGUGAUAUAAAGCCAGUUAUUUUAUGAAAUGAGAGUAAAGCGGCGCAGUUAAUUAGUAAAAUGAGGGGAAACCGAUUGAAGGAUACCACAUUAAUUAACGUUGUCCUGUUGUUAAUUAGACACUGAUAAAACGGAUAUCGCAUCAUGUUGAUGUUAAAGAAAUUUCUUCAUUCAGACAUGCCUCUGAAAAUAAAAAUGACAGCCCCUAUUCUUACUAACGAAAUGAAAAGGCAUGCUGUGAUUGUGGCUUUGAUUGCUAAUCAUGGUGAUUUAGAAAUUUCUCGUUUUCUAAAAGUUGCAAGAUCUUUCGUUCACAAGAUUCGGUGUGAGUUAGAAAAAGAAGAUGGAAAUGCAUCACCUGUCUCAAAACGUAAAAAACAUUCCAAGCGCUCUGAUUCUAUCAGGACACCUGAAUUUAUUCAGGAAGUUAAGCAAAACAUUAGAGACAAUCCAGGAAAAUCAAUGAGGUCAAUCGCAAAAGAAUUUUGUGUAUCGGAAAAAACAAUCAGAAAUAUUUGUGCAUGAAGACAUCAGAUACAAAUCUUGCGUGAAGGAAGAACGAAAGAAAACUGAUUUGUCAGAUCCAAAAGACUUUUGAAUAUCUAAAUAGAUCAACACGACGAUGGCUUUGAUGGUGCUGGAUUUUUGAGGAAUUUGUUAUGAGAGAAUAAAGGAAUGGGAAUAAGGAAUAAAAGUGACAUU